AUGGCUCCUACACCUGUGUUCAUCAAGGUACACGACCUACGCCCCGAGAUGGAAGACGUCAACUUGACUCUAAAAGUGCUCAAUGUUAAGGAUGUGUCUCGUAAGGGUAGCAUGCCAGUGACUGAGUCUCUCGUCGGGGUAGAAUAUGAUGAAACUGGCAUCAUCAUAUUCAGAGCGAUCGGCGGUGAUAAAAUCAAUCGAGUGAAAGAGGGAUCAACCAUUGUAGUGCGCAAGGCAAGGAUACUUAUGUAUAAAGGUUCGAUGAGACUCAGUGUUCGCAGAGCGGAAGACAUAGUAGAAGCCCCGGAGCCUGCUUCCUUCAUAGUCAAAGAAGAUUGUAACUGGUCGCUCAUUGAAUUCGAGCGAGUUCAAGUUCGUUGUUAG